AUGAAGCUUUCAUUGCUACUCAGCAUCUUAGUUCCACUUGCCAGUGCAGAUGUUGGCACUGCUGGUUCUUGGUCCGAACCUUUUUUACCAACUAGGUGUAACGGCAACAGCCGGGAUCAAUUCCCUUCCAAUGGAUAUUUCGUUUCUCUCGGUGAGGGACUUUGGGAUAAUGGGGCGUCUUGUGGGAGGCAGUAUUUAGUGCGGUGCCUGAGUUCGAGUCCCCGUGCCUGCAAAACUGGUACGAUUCAGGUGGAAGUGGUCGACUUUUCCAACAACCCCAUUGGUAAAACGUCAGCUGAUGCCACCAUGCAUCUUUCGUCUCUCGCAUGGGCAGCGCUUGUCGACACCUCAAGAGGAGCAAGCAAGAUCAAUAUCGAGUAUACGCAAGUCUAG